AUGGCUGGAAAGAGGCAUGUGCCGCCAGGCCCAGAAAGUGUAUCUCCCUAUCUCUUCUCCGCCAAGCUAAACGUGCUCCUCGUGCUCGUGCUUCUGGACUGUGUUUGCAAUGGAUUCGCGGACUCCUUGUGGGACCCCUCGCAGUACGUCAUGACGAUCGUGUUUUGCGGCUUGCCGAUAGCGUUGCAACUGCUGAUGCUGAUCCUGUUCUUUACACUUUUAUGGAAUACGUUUCUUUUGCGCUAUGGGCUCCUGUUGGAGCUAUGGGGUGAACUUCGAGCUGUUGUUGCCUUCUCGCUGCUGCGAUUCGGCAUAUCUUUGGCUGCUCGUGUCCCACGGAUACUUGCCGCGCUCGCUGGCGGAAGCCGGGAAGAGCACUGGGCAAACCCCAUGAACCAGGUGGCGUUUUGCGCCAACAACGUUGUCUCGGUGAUCUACUGCUCCUGGCUUCUGCGACGAAGCUAUGCCUUGGCCAACGUGCGCUUUUACAAGCCGCAGUGGGGGCCCCAUCUGCGACCCCCCGUACUACUGAUAAAGUCCCCACGCCCGUACUAUCAAGCACUUCCACUACAGCAACUUGUUCAACACUCUUUAAUGGUGCGUGAUGGUUUGUUAUGA